UACUGUCGCUCUUGACAGCGAUAAAUAUUAUGUUAAAAUCGUGUAGAUAGCCUGGAAAAUAAUAUAAUUUCGAGUGCCAGUUUGUAAAUAAAUCUUUGAUUGUGUGAAUAAACAACUGCCAAAGUGGAUUUAAAUAAGGAAGACAUGGAAACAUUACCAAUCACAUUGAUAGUGAAAGCGCCUAAUCAACAAAUUGAAGAUCAAACAAUCAAAUGCGAGCUGUCAUGGACUAUAAAUAAAUUAAAACAGCACCUGUCCGAAGUCUAUCCCAGCAAACCGCCCAAACACGAGCAAAAAUUGAUCUAUUCAGGCCAGCUCUUAAACGACUCGGUCACACUCAAAGAUGUCUUGCGGCAGUACGACGGCCAGGAAACCCACACCGUGCAUCUAGUGUGCACCCCAAAACACACGAAAACACCAAGACAGGAGCCCAGACAGCCCCCGCAGCCCGCUAUGACGACCCCCCAGCCCCCCGUCACACCGACCAACAGCGCGCCAGAACAGAACGUUCCUAACAUGCCAUGGGGCAACAACCCCACCAUGGACCCCAACCAGUACGCCAUGCAAAUGGCAUGGAUGCAACAAACAUAUCUCCAAUACAUGACCCAGUACAUGCAAUUGGCUGCAAACUCUUACGGGACCGGCGCCGCCCCCGCACAGCCCACGGCCGCGCCCGACCCACAGCCCCAGCAGAACGCCCCGGAGCAGGCAGCCGCCCAGGCCCCGGCCGCCGCCGUGCAAAGGGAUCCGGAGAACCCCGAAAGGGACUGGUUGGAUGUCUUUUACAUGCUGAGCAGAGUGCUGGUCCUUUUCAGUGUGGUGUAUUUUUACUCGAGCCCUUUGCGUUUCGUGUUUGUUCUGUUGCUCGGGUUCACUCUUUACUUGUACCAAAUCGGGUUCUUCAGGAAUAUUAACAAUAACAACAAUAAUAACAACAAUGUUGUACCCCCCGAGCCUGUGCCACAAGAAGAGCAACAGCCGUCGCGGUUGAUGGUGGUUUGGACAUUUUUCGCGACGUUCUUUGCUUCCUUGAUUCCAGAAAUUCCAAAUGCUGUUUAAUUUGGGAAUGCGUUCGUUGAAAGUUUAAGCAAAUUUUAGACAAGGUUUCCAAAUUGGAGUGAGUUUAGUUUGAGCAGAUCUGCUGAUAUUACAAUGUAAACACAAUACCAAAUCAUUAAAAUGUUUAUAUUACUUGUUGUAUAGCUUUUAAUGUACAUAUUUCAUAUUAUAGCUUUAGAAAGAAUUGUGAUUUUAUAAUAAGUAUCUAAAUAUAUUUUUAUUUAUAAAAGAAUUUGUUGUAACUUAACCAAAAUUCCAAUAAAGGUUUUUUUAAAUAA